AUGUCGGGCGUUACCGUUUUGCGAUGUUCUUACAAGGCUGCGGAAUCAAUAGAAAAUGCAUUGCCUUCUGAUUCAGAAGUACUCGGCUGGUACGUGGUCUGGCAAUUGUUUUUGUCUAAAUUCAAAUUCCUGAGAGAAUUGAUAGGUGACACAGGGUCCCAACAGGGAGACAACGAGCCUUCAGAGACUGACGCUGAUCAGGAGACUCCACCCUCGCCUCAGAGAGGUAGACAGAAAUCUGCUCGACAGCGACGGGCACCUACAGAAGACACAACUUAAAGUACUCCGUUGAACUUCUAACUAUGAAUGGUUAAGCACCUCUGCACUGUGUCGUUCAGUGGUUUGAUCUUAUGAAAAACUGACUUAAGAGGUAAUAUUAAUACCUGUGGACCUUUAUGUCUGAACUACCAAUGUAUGCUACUUCAGCAGAGGUUCAGGGAGGCCUUCAGUAGCAAGUCAUAGAAUACUGGAAGAAAGGAGGGGUGGGAAAAAGUUUCCAUCAGAAAAAUGCUGAGCUGCUGUAGCUCCUAUCUCUGCACACAGUUUAAAACCAGGUCCUGGACCAUAGGCUUAGCCUCCUCAUUAGUCUGAACAUAGUAAACAUUUCAGACUUGAAACGGUUUCUAAAUUAUUUUUUCUUUACAGCACUGCAGCUACAUAUAGUGAAAUUGAGUUUUAUUUCCUUAGCUAUAUAUGAAUAUGUCUAUUUUUUUCUUCAACCAUGAGAAUGCAGGUGAACUUGAAAAACAGUUGAAAGAAUACCCUACUUUAGAAAGUAUUCUGAAGUGAGAUUUUUAGUUACAUUCUUAUGUAUAUAAAAAGUAUAAAUGAAAUAUGAAAAAUCAAUAUUAGAUGCACAUGAUUCGGAGGUUUUUAUUAUCUCCUUUAAAAAAAACAAACCCGAACAAAGGAAUUGGGUGGUAAGACCCAUUUUCUUGGGGUUUGACGUAAGAGAGGGGUUACAGGUUAAGCUGUCCUGCUAGGUGUCUGUAUGUUUCUCCUGAACCUUUUACUCUAAGUCGAACUUGUGUUGGAGAAGGGAAGGUGCCUAGGUUAUGUACUCACUGUUUAGUAUUCUGAAGUGUUGUCUUUGGUUUUUUGGGUACUAAGCACUUCUCUAAUUCACUUUGUACACCUUUACAUCAGGUAUAUGGUACCUGACAUAGCUUCUUUCCUGGAACCAGUUAAGGCAUUCUGACCAAUUUGGUAGACGUCAGUGUAACACUUUGACAGUGUUAUAGCAAUGAACUUGGUACCUCGUGUUUGGUGGAGGACUUACUGAUUUUUACCCGUAACAAGCAGAUGCUCCUGUUUUCUUUGAGAAUGUGUUAUACGGGUAUUUUGACAUUGCACUUCAGAAUGAAGAGCUCCACUUCUGUUUAUCUAGCAACUCUGAAGAUCAAUGCAUGAGAUCUUUGGAAAGAGGAGGAACACACAUGUACCACCUCUGAUGAGUGUAUGAGAGAGAACUACCAACAUGUCUUGUCAUGAACAGCUUCAGUUUUCUCUCAAAGCUUGGAUAUGUGGUGGUGUUUGGAUCAUUGUCCCCUGUGUAAAAACUGUUAAACAGGACUACAGAAUUGGUCUCGUACUUUGAGCUGUUAAGAACUUUAAGCCUAUGACUUCCAGACUGGUGGUUUGGUUCAUUUACAUGUCUAAAAGCAGCAACAUUUAGGUUUUUCAUCGAGUAGGCCUACGUGUGGGAAGACAGCACUCUCUUAGUGCCUUUAUGUUUUCAUUUGUCAUCUGUGAAGACUGUUUGAAAGCUAAUGAGAGCAUUCACUUCAUAAAAUGAUGUGGAUGUUUCAGUAUUAAAAUAUGUAAGAUCAGCCCUGACCUUCCUUUGGAGUCUAAAAGUCUUUGUUUUGUUUACCAGCAUGUAUGUAUAAGCAUGCUUUGUAUUACAGGGUUACAUUUUCGAGCAUGAUUAGGCAGUGCUAUGCACAUAUCCUUUAAACACAUGUAGAAAUAUUGACAGUCUCCUUCCUCUCUCCUGUCUCCUGGC